UACAAGCAGGUUGAACUACCGACAGAGUCGUGGGGCAAUUGUUUUGGAUCGCUAACCUUUCGCUCAUUGUUGAUCAAGUGGAAAAUAAACCAGACACGCGCUGUCUGAUUUUGCACCCUUUAGUCAGAAUCUGAAUUGAACUGCAAUAUUCAAUAAUCGGAUUGGAAUUUACGCCUCUACAAGGAAUUUCGACUUAAUUCCCCAAACUUUCACUGGGAUUUUUGGCCGUCACUGUGGGGGAUUACUGUAUGUAUUGGUCAUAUCAGAACAUAACCAGAAAAUCUGAGUGAAGGGACCAGAAGAAGACGGAACGAAUCCUUUAGUUGGACUUUGAUAGAUGAAAAUAACUUUCUCGAUGAUUGUUUGAGCUGGGUCAUAGGCACACUGCCCAGGCUCGUGGAACUCUACCUAUUUAUUUAAGAUCUUCAGCACAAUGGGACGCCAGUCGCUCCUGUUCGCUGUCAGCAUUUGUGUCUUCAUAUGCCAGGGUUUGUGUUCUGGGGUUUUCGAGUUAAAGCUCCAAGAGUUCCUCAACAAGAAAGGAGUAACGGGCAAUGCAAAUUGCUGCAAGGCAGGUUCUGCGCCUGGAUUUCUGCAAUGUGAAUGUAAAACGUUCUUUCGGAUCUGUCUGAAGCACUAUCAGGCCAAUGUGUCACCGGACCCCCCCUGCACCUACGGGGGAGCUGUGACUCCGGUACUUGGGUCCAACUCCUUCCAAGUGCCUGAGAGCAUCGCAGACAGCUCCUUCUCCAACCCUAUCCAGUUCUCUUUCGGCUUCACAUGGCCGGGAACAUUCUCUCUCAUUAUUGAGGCUCUACAGACUGACUCGGUGGACGACCUCACAACAGACAACCCCGAGCGCCUCAUCAGCCGUAUGACCACCCAGAGACACCUGACGGUUGGGGAGGAGUGGUUCCAGGACUUGCAGGCAGGCGGAAGGACAGAGCUGAAGUAUUCCUACCGAUUCGUGUGUGAUGAGCAUUACUAUGGAGAGGGAUGCUCUGUGUUCUGCCGUCCGCGCGAUGACGCCUUCGGUCAUUUUACCUGCGGUGAACGUGGCGAAAUCAUCUGCAUCUCAGGAUGGAAAGGACAAUACUGCACGGAACCGAUCUGCCUGCCAGGCUGUGAUGAUGAGCAUGGUUUCUGUGACAAGCCCGGAGAGUGCAAGUGUAGAGUGGGCUUCAGUGGGCGCUACUGUGAUGACUGUAUCCGCUACCCAGGCUGUCUCCAUGGCACCUGCCAGCAACCAUGGCAGUGCAACUGUCAGGAGGGUUGGGGAGGCCUGUUCUGCAACCAGGACCUGAACUACUGCACCCACCACAAGCCCUGCAUGAACGGGGCUACCUGUACCAACACAGGCCAGGGCAGCUAUACUUGCACCUGUCGCCCAGGCUUCUCUGGGGCCAGCUGUGAACUGGAGGUGAACGAGUGCUCCGGUAACCCCUGCAGGAAUGGAGGAAGCUGCAUGGAUAAGGAGAACACCUACAAGUGUACCUGCCCGCCGGGUUUCUAUGGAAACAACUGCGAACUGAGUGCCAUGACGUGUGCGGACGGGCCGUGCUUCAACGGGGGACGCUGUGCGGACAACCCUGAGGGUGGCUACUUCUGCCAGUGUCCUCCGGGGUACGCUGGCUUCAACUGUGAGAAGAAGAUCGACCACUGCAGCUCAAACCCCUGCGCUAAUGGUGCUCAGUGUGUCGACCUGGUCAACUCCUACUUAUGCCAGUGUCUGGACGGCUACUCAGGCGCCAACUGCGAGGACAACGCUGACGACUGUGGCGUCUACCCCUGUCAGAACGGCGGCACCUGUCAGGACGGCAUGAACGACUACACCUGCACCUGCCCUCCCGGUUACACCGGCAAGAACUGCAGCGCUCCCAUCAGCCGUUGUGAUCACAACCCCUGCCACAACGGCGCCACCUGCCAUGAGAGGAGUGGCCGCUACGUGUGUGCCUGCGUGCCCGGCUACGGUGGACAUAACUGCCAGUUUCUUCUCCCAGAGGCCUCUCAGGGCCAGCCAGUGGUGGAGGGACCUGACCGCCGUUACUCGGUAGACAAUGACGACGAGGAGGAGGGCGGCUUCCCCUGGACAGCCGUAUGUGCCGGGAUCUUCAUGGUGCUUCUUCUUCUGAUUGGCUGCGCUGUGCUGGUGGUGUACAUCCGGGUGAAAGUUCAGCAGAGGUCACAGCAUGGAGACAGCCAAAACGAGAGCGAGACCAUGAACAACCUGACCAACAACUAUCACCGUGGAGACAAGGAACUGUCUGUCAGCGUGCUGGCACCUGCCCAGGUGAAGAACACCAAUAAGAAGGUGGACUACAAUUCCGACAACCCCGGGGCAGAGAGGAAUGGGUACAAGGCCCGAUACUCUGCUGUGGAUUAUAACCUGGUGCAUGAGCUCAAGCCUGAAGAGACAUGUAAAGAGGACCAAGAGAAGAGCGAAGCCAAAUGUGAAGGUCUGGACAGUGAUCUGGAGGACAAACUCAGUUCAACCAGUUACGACUUCACAUCACACAGAAAAACACUGAAUAGCGACACCUCAGAGAAGAAAUGUGCAGAAGAGUCGUCAUGCAGCGACAGCAAGUACCAGUCUGUGUACGUCAUAUCUGACGAGAAGGAUGAAUGUAUCAUCGCAACUGAGGUGUAACACCAGACCCUGAGCAGUAGCUCAUCUUCUCAACAGGAGGUUUUACUCCACCUUUAUGCUGCUCAAACCCAGAGGGAAGGUGUCCCUCAUUGUGACUGCUGCUGCUGUUAGACAGUACCUGGUAGGACUGACCCGAGUACUAGACUAUGUCGUACUAACUGAAUACUGUGUAAGUACUGCCAUAGUACUGCGUAUACAUUGUGGUCGCCCAUGUGCUGUGUAGUACUAGUUUAAUACUGGCUGAGACGUGGACAGAGGUCUGUCAGGCUGAGCUGGUUCUCAGCUGGAGGGGGACCAAGGACUUCAGAUCCAGGAUGAUGUUGUUGGGCCAUACUGGCCUAUGUCACUCUCUCUCUAGUAAAGUUUCCCAGGAACGUGCGUUAUGGACUAAUAGUUGGACUGCCUUGCUGUUGGGACAGUUUUACCUCAUUGCACUAUGGAGGGCUGUGUUGUAUUUAAAGAUAGUGAUGUGAGUUGCUGACUGUGUAUGCGUGAUGAGUAUGAUGCACUGCCUAUGGCCCUCUCAGCCUGUUUGUCUGUAUAUGGCAGGUAGGGGAAAGAAGACACUGCCUUCAUGUUGGUUCAAAUACUGUUGAUGCUGUUUGUUUUUUAAAGAAGAGGAUGUAUUCUUUUAAUUUAAUGUCUUUAUUUGUGUUACAUUUGUUAUGAUUUUUGUGGAGUUCAAUUUGAUAUAAUUUAAGUUACUUUUUUGUUUUACAAAUAUAUGUCUAAUGUAUAUAAGGCACUUCAGAACACUGUGACUGUGUUUUCCAACAGAAAUGUAUUUAAAAUGAAGCGUUGUACAGAACCUAUUGGAAUUGUUUUAUAACUGUUGAAGCCCAUGAAGGAAAUCAGCGAAAUAUUUUUCCAAAAUAAAUGAUGU